UAGGGGUAAAAAGUGUCCAACUACAACAUACUGUACUGAACACCAACUCAAGACAGACAGACAGACAGCCAGAGACAGAGAGAAGGGGCGUUGUAUUCUUUACUGUGUCUGUUUUCCUCUCAGGAAACGCAUCCUGUUGCUGGAGUUACAUGUUUGUCACAGAGACAGAGAGAGAGAGAGAGAGAGAGAGAGAGAGAGAGAGAGAGAGACUUGGUGACAGAUAAACUGAGGUACAUUCAUAUUUCAAGUGACAGAACAGGAAAGAGAGAGAGAGAGAGAGAGAGAGAGAGAGAGAGAGAGAGAGACUGUCCAGUCUCUCUGGGAAACAGAUAGGAAAAGAAAAAAAAACGCCCCCAACCCCUCCGGCAAGCCCCAACACACAGCUGUACAAGCACGGAGAGAGAGAUCUGAACACAGGGAGAAAGAUCUGAGCAAGGAGAGAAAGAUCUGAACAAGGAGAGAGAUUUUAACAAACAAAGAUUUAAAUUCAGAGAGAGAGAACUGAACAUGGAGAGAGAGAGCUGAAUACCGAGAGAGAACUGGACACGGAGAGAGAGAGAGAUCUGAACAAGGAGAGAGAGACCUGAACACGGAGAAAGAGAGAUAGAGAGAGAGAGAGAGAUCUGAUCACGGAAAGCAAUCAAUAGUUGUGCAUAAAUGGAGUUAAAGAGAAUCUGGGAGUGGAGGUUUUAAACCGGAGACAGAAGUGUGUGCUUGUGUAUUUGUGUGUGUGAUGGCCGUGGAGCUGAUCGGGACGCGCGUGAGUGUGUGUGAAGCCCCGGAGAGCGAGGAGGAAGGCUGAGGAUUCCCGAAACUUCGAAACCAGCCCGAAUCACAGACACACACUCUAAUCAUAAUGAGCGGAGAUGUUCUCUAGCUGAGCUCUUUUACAGCGUACGAGUCUCCGUUUCUACUUCGCGCACGUGUGUGUGUGUGUGUGUGUGUUGGAGCGCAUGGCCGCUGGCAGGCUGGUGCUGGUGGCUGUUGCCGUGGCGCUGGUGUCGCUGGUGCUGAACGUGGUGGCGGCACUGGGCUCGGGCUGGGCUCUGCAGGCGCUGGAGGACGGCCGCAGGCGCAGCGUGGGACUCUGGAAGGUGUGUACAGAUACACACACGCUGCCACACAGCCUCGCCACCACCGCACCGUGCCAGACCCUCGGCUGGGGAGCCGACCUCGCAGGAUAUCAGGAGUCACGCAACACCGUCAAACUUCAGUUCGACAUGAUGCGAGCGUGUAACCUGAUGGCGACGGUGGCUCUCAGCGUGGGUCAGCUCAUCUUCCUGCUGGGGAUUCUGAAGAUAAACUGCAUUACCCAGGAUUCUCCUUGGUGGGAGGAGGCCAUCGCUGCCCUGUUUCAGCUGGCCAGUUUCGUGCUGGUGAUUGGCCUGGUGUCGUUCUACAGGAUUGGGCCGUACACACACCUGUCGUACUCCUGCUACACGAACAUUGCUGCGUGUCUUUUGGCCACGCUGGCCGCCGCCAUGCUCAUCUGGAACAUUCUGCACCGCCGUGACGACUGCACGCGACCGCCUGUCAUCGUCAUCAGCCGCUCGCUCGCCAUGAACUUCACACCACGCAUGGACAACGAAUAUGUGGAGUCGCCAUGCUGACACACACACACACACACACACACACACACACGGGCACUGACUCCGUGCUGAGCGAGAGGACUUCAAAGACAAUGUGGAGCUCUUGAGACAGAACCACACACACACACACACACACACACACAUUCUAACAUCUCCCAAUCUGUUUCUUCCUAUUUCAACAAGAACAGGUUUUGAACUCUUUUUCAGCUUUUUUCUGGCUUUACUGUUGCUAAAUAAAGGCAGUCAUAAUAAAAAUAUAAAUUUUUAAAGAUAUAAGACAUAUGAAUAGCUAGCUAACUCUGAAGUAAUAUUUAAUAACAGCAACAGCGCUGUUGAAUUCUGGAUUAAUUUUCUAUAACAGCAGCUCUGACAGUAGUGCAGCAGCAUAUCACAGGUUUAUAUUAAUGCGCUCGAUCUAAUACUUUAUCGUUUCUAUAGUAACAGCUCAUUCACAGGGACGAGUACAGCGAACGCUCCACAUAAACGGAUUAAAAAAAAAAAGAAGUCGUCUGUAAGGAAAAAUGUGUUUAUGUAACAUUUAUGGAAGGAGUCUCCAGUGUCAGAGCUUUGUAAUAGUCAGAGGUAAAGCUGUAACUUUAAGUUUUAUGGCAUCUUCUGCUAUAACGUAAGUAAGUACAGGAACUAACUUUUUUCACGAACAUUAACUGUCAUUUUAAACGGGUAAAAACUAUGAGGUUUUCUUUAAUAUAUAUAUAUAUAUAAACCACACAGGUGCAGUAUAAGAGGAAUAAAACACUUAGGGACGUUCUGUUAUAUGAAAAUAAUCAACUUUGGGGUGGUAACAGUAACUCUGCUUUGUCACGCCACACCAUCACUCUGUAUUUUACUAUAACACACACACACACACACACACACACACACACAGAGUGUUUAUUACUUACAUAACUUAUGCGAUGUAUAAUAUUUAUAAAUUAUAAAGAUUUUGGAUAAUACAAUUUCUUAUCAGUGGACAGUGUAGAACACAAAACACACAAACGUGGCCUUUUAGUAUGAGAGAAGAUUAAAACAUAUCAAGCACACACACACACACACACACACACAGCACCAGGACAGCUGAAGUGACCGCAGAACACUGUAUAAUGUCCACAUUAACUUGAUCACAAAUCAAGCUGGAUCUUGACUUUAAUCUUCUCUCUCCACACACACACACACACACAAAACUAUUAUAUAGUGUACCGUGUGUGUGUGUGUCUGUCUAUUAUGUUCAGUUAAUAUAGACACUAAUUCAGAUUUAGAAAGGAAUUUAUAAUUUGGUACCAAAAAAGUUUGUAAAGUCAGAGAUGUGGUUUUUAACACUUCCUUGUCCACUGUAGGUGAUCACUAACAGAAUGUAGAUCUUUACAGAAGGUGAGUAAUGUAGAGAUAGAGAGGCGUCUCGUCACCCUUUCGGCUUAUGGUACCUGUAUUUAACUCUAUAGAGGUGGGCUGAGUAUAUUAUAGAAUUUUAAUCAAGAUAAUAUCACAUGUAUACACCAGCACUCUAUACAGCCAGUCACUUUUACCCUGAUCAGGACUAAAUACUCCAUAGUAACAACAUAUUAUAAAAAUAAUAAAACUUUACUACAACUGUU